AUGACUGACCGCUUCUGUGUGGGCGGAGGCCGCCGGCUCCCAGGGUCCAGCAAGAGUGGACCUGGGAAGGAUGCAGGUCGGAAUGAGGUCCGACUUCCGGUGCUGCAUGACCCACCCAACCUCGGAGUACCAGUGGUCCGAAGUGGGCAGACCGUGCCCAGCCAGGCCCCACUUUGCUUCGACCCAGGAAGCCCAGCCAGCGACAGAACGGAAGGGAAGAAGAAGGGGCGGCCGAAAGCUGAGAACCAGGCACUCCGAGACAUUCCUCUCUCCCUGAUGAACCAGUGGAAGGAUGAAUUCAAGGCCCACUCGAGGGUGAAGUGUCCAAACUCGGGGUGCUGGCUGGAGUUCCCCAGCAUCUACGGUCUCAAGUACCAUUACCAGCGGUGCCAAGGGGGUGCCAUCUCAGAAAGACUGACUUUCCCCUGCCCCUUCUGCGAGGCUGCAUUCACCUCCAAGACCCAGCUGGAGAAGCACCGGAUUUGGAACCACAUGGACCGACCCCUGCCUGCCCCCAAGCCCGGACCGGUCAGCCGCCCGGUCACCAUCAGCCGGCCCGUUGGGGUCAGCAAGCCUAUAGGAGUGAGCAAACCUGUCACCAUCGGCCGGCCUGUGGGGGUCAGCAAGCCCAUUAGCAUCAGCAAGCCCGUGGCGGUCAGCAGGCCCACCAUACCGGUCACCAAGUCCAUACCAGUCACUAAGACCAUACCGGUCACCAAACCUGUCACGGUCAGCAGGCCUAUGCCAGUCAGCAGGCCCGUGCCGGUCACCAAGCCCACACCAGUCACCAAGCCCACGCCGAUCACCAAGUCCAUACCUAUCACCAAACCCGUGCCGGUCACCAAGCCCACACCGAUCACCAAGCCCACACCGAUCACCAAGCCCACACCGAUCACCAAGCCCACACCGAUCACCAAGCUCGUGACGGUUGCGAAGCCUGUGCCAGUCAGCAGGCCGGUGCCGGGUGGCAGGCCUGUUGCCGUCAGCAGACCCACACCACCCUGCAAAAUGGUGCUGCUGACCAAGUCCGAGAACAAAACUACUCGUGCUGUGGGGAGGAACAGCGGUAAGAAAAGAGCUGCAGAUGGCCUGGACGCCUGCCCUGUGCCCCCCAAGCAGGCGAGGCCGGAGAAUGGGGAGUGUGGCCCGUCCACCAUGGGCCAGAGUUCAGGCUUCCAGCUGGGCGCAGACCCCCCCGGUGGCCCCCUUUCACCGGGCAGCAGGGCCUCUGGAGGCAAGGAGGCACCUCGGGCCCCGGGCCCUGCAUCCCCACCAGAGGACCCGGAGCGGACGAAGCACAGAAGGAAACAGAAAACUCCCAAGAAGUUCACAGGGGAGCAGCCGUCCAUCUCUGGGACCUUCGGACUCAAAGGCCUGGCCAAGGCAGAGGACAAAGUUCGUGUCCACCGUGCCAAGAAACAGGAGGUACCAGGCCCCGAGGACAUGCGGAAGAAAGUGCCAGCCACCACCAGCCCUGCCAGCAAGGAGGUGCCGGCCCCUGUGGCCCACCCAGCCCCAGGUGGCCCCGAGGAGCAGUGGCAGCGAGCCAUCCAUGAACGGGGCGAGGCUGUCUGCCCCACCUGCAGCGUGGUCACCCGCAAGACCCUUGUGGGGCUCAAGAAGCACAUGGAGGUGUGCCAGAAGCUGCAGGACGCGCUCAAGUGCCAGCACUGCCGGAAGCAGUUCAAGUCCAAGGCAGGCCUCAACUACCACACCAUGGCCGAGCACAGCGCCAAGCCCUCUGACGCUGAGGCCUCGGAGGGGGGCGAGCAGGAAGAGCGGGAGCGACUGCGCAAGGUGCUGAAGCAGAUGGGGAAGCUGCGCUGCCCCCAGGAGGGCUGCGGGGCUGCCUUCUCCAGCCUCAUGGGCUACCAGUAUCACCAGCGACGUUGCGGGAAGCCGCGCUGUGAUCUGGACAGCCCCUCCUUCCCCUGCGCACACUGUGGCAAGACCUACCGCUCCAAGGCCGGUCACGACUACCACGUGCGCUCGGAGCACGCGGCCCCGCCCCCUGAGGAGCCUGCAGACAAGCCCUCUGAGGCUGAGGAGCUUCUGGGUGUGGAGCGGACCCCAAGUGGUCGCAUCCGCCGGACGUCGGCCCAGGUUGCCGUGUUCCACCUGCAGGAGAUUGCAGAGGACGAGCUGGCCCGAGACUGGACCAAGAGGCGCAUGAAGGAUGACCUUGUGCCCGAGACUGCGCGGCUCAACUACACACGGCCAGGCCUCCCCACGCUUGACCCCCAGCUGCUGGAAGCGUGGAAGAACGAGGUCAAGGAGAAAGGCCACGUUAACUGCCCCAAUGACUGCUGCGAGGCUAUCUACUCCAGCGUGUCCGGACUCAAGGCCCAUCUUGCCAGCUGCAGCAAGGGGGACCACCUGGUGGGGAAGUAUCACUGCCUCCUGUGUCCGAAGGAGUUUAGCUCUGAAAGCGGCGUGAAGUACCACAUUCUCAAGACACACUCGGAGAACUGGUUCCGUACCUCGGCGGACCCCCCACCCAAGCACAGGAGCCAGGACUCGCUGGUGCCCCCGAAGGAGAAGAAAAGUUUGGGGGGCGGGAAGAAGCGGGGCCGCAAGCCAAGGGAGCGGCCCCCUGAGGAGCCCACGCCCAAGCUGCCCCCACGGCGUGAUGACUGGCCCUCGGGGGGCAGAGACAAGGGGGGCCGGGGCUCCACGGGCCGGAAGGUGGGGGCUGGCAAGGCACCUGAGAAAUGAGCUUGGUUGUGGUAGGUGGGAGGGGUCCAGCCCCCAUGCUGGCCGCCAAAUCCCCUCCAUCCAGGGAGGGGGUAGCUAGCUCCAACCUCUUCCU